AUGAGGAUGGAGGGCAGGGAGGAGAUGCAGGGCGCCGUGGGGCUACGCUGCACCUGGGACAUUCCGCCACCCGCUGGCACCCAGGCCAAGUGGGUGAGGCUCAAUGUGGGGGGCACCGUGUUCCUCACCACCAGGCAGACCCUGUGUCGGGAGCAGAAAUCUUUCCUGUGUCGCUUGUGCCAGGGCGAGGAGCUGCAGUCGGACCGGGAUGAAACUGGUGCAUACCUAAUAGAUCGGGACCCCACUUAUUUUGGACCGAUUCUGAAUUUCCUUCGCCAUGGGAAGCUGGUCCUGGAUAAAGACAUGGCUGAAGAGGGGAUCCUUGAAGAAGCUGAGUUCUAUAACAUUGGUCCUUUGAUCCGAAUAAUCAAGGAUCGAAUGGAGGAGAAGGACUACACAGUAACACAGGUGCCUCCUAAGCAUGUCUAUCGUGUGCUGCAGUGCCAGGAAGAGGAGCUCACUCAGAUGGUUUCCACUAUGUCAGAUGGAUGGCGCUUUGAGCAGCUUGUGAACAUUGGCUCAUCCUAUAAUUAUGGGAAUGAGGAUCAGACAGAAUUCCUGUGCGUGGUCUCCAAGGAGUUGUACAACUCCCCCAAUGGCCUGAGCUCUGAGCCCAGCCACAAAGCCAAGAACACAGAGGAGGACCUGGAGGAGGAAGAGCAGGAGGUGGAGGAGGAGGCAGAGGCAGAAGCAGAAGCAGAGGAGAAAGACCGUCCAUCUAUUCGGGAUUGUGCUAAACUCUCUUCCUGCGGACCCUCCCUCCUGCUCCCUUCCGUGUCCAUCCCAGCACUGCCAUCUACCUCCCACAUUGCCCCACUCGCCAGCCUCCAGCAUCCUUCCCUCUGCUCUCCUUGUCCCUCAGGGCUCAGAGUGGUCUCUGCCCAGGGCCCUGUCUCUCUCUGCUCCUCACUUUUCCUCCUCUGCAGGUAUGUCACCUGUCUGCACUCCCAGCUCCUGCCAGCCUGAGCUCUGCAUGAGUGACUCACUUCCCUCUUGUGGGUAUGGCCCUGGUUUGUAGAGCUUGGGGAGGGGAAGGAGGGAGGUGUGAGGUUGACUCAUCCCUAAGGUGGCUUUACAUAUUCUGAUCCUGUGUGUGCCUUUACCUGCCAAGCAGAUCCUAUGGCUGUGGACCAGAGGCUCUGGCAGCAGAAAGGAGAGUGCAGCUGGGAGAGGGGUGGAAAUGAAUGCAAAGCAGGCCGGGGUGGUUUGGGGAAGGGGUGGAAUUUUGCCACGUGUCUGCGUGACAUGCAUGCCAGAUCGCUCCUCCAGACUGCGUCUGCAGCUCCUUUGCCUGCCAGCCCGGGCAGUUUGCAGAAGGCAGCCUGUUAUUUUUCCUUCCCUGAGCUUUUCCCCCACAGGCUCUGCCAGGGUGAGAGUGCAGUGGGAAAGGUGGCAAAGGCAGAGCAGAAGCAGCUGGUCCCCCCUGCAGAUGCUCUCACAGCUGUGUGCAAAAUGAGCCUCUCUGCUCUGCCUCCUGCUUAGGAAGGCUGGCUGGCCGACAAGCGUGGGGCUGGGUAUGGAGAGUGUUAGAAGGAGGAUUCCUCUUCAUACUGCAGAACUGUGAGGCUCCUAUUAAACUGGAGAUUCUCAGAUUCAAUCUCCACCAGUCCUGAUGGAGGGUACUUGUUAGCUGGCUGACAUUUCUUUCUCCCUCUGUGGCUGUGGGACCUGAGUGUUAUCUUAAGACUCAGUGUAUGUUAAUCACAUGGACAUUUUCUUCCUUCUGUUCUAUUUUCCUACCCUCAUUUAUUUUCUUUUUCUUCUGUUUGUGUUUCCUCUGUCAUUUCCCCUUUUCUGUUUCACUCUCCCCUCCAUGCUCAGUUGCCUUUUUUUCCUACCAUUGAUUGUGUUUCUCUUUCUCUCUCCUUCUCUAGCUGUUACAAGCCAGAGAUCUGAGGAUGUGAUCUGAACACUCCACUCCAGCCUUUUCAUUUCUUGUUUAUAUCUUUAUUUUUGUACUGCAGUGUAUGGCAGCCCUUUCUCCCACCGUGACGCCCCCAGCCCCCUUUCACUCUUCACAUGCAGCCAUUUUUUUUUUACAAACUCACCUCGGAGGCCUGAGCUUCCAGCCCUGGAGGAGGGCAGAUGCUGCAUGGAGCCCCUGAGCUGCUGUAGGAGCGGGAGCCCACAGCCCCCUCCUAUGCCUGGCAGUCUGGCUUUCCUUAAUGUCACAGUGGCCCCUGCUGGGGACAUCAGCGAUCAGCCACUGCAGCCUGCGGGUCCCUUCCUGAGCACCCUGGAUGCAAAUGCGGACCGAGGUGGUGGCAGCUGUCUAAGGACCAGCCCUUGCCCUUUCACUGUUGCAGGCAACUAGUGUGGGCUUGUGGCCUGGGGACAAAUGCAGAGCCACCGUCCUUUUCUGUGCCACCUGUAUGGCUCGGAGGUGUCCCUGUGCUGGGUAUCACGUUCCUUGGUGCCUCCCCCCCUGUCCCCCAAAGCAGCUCUGUGCCAGCAGUGUGAGAAGGAGAAUGGUGUGCUGCCUGGGUACCAUGAACAUGCUGGUACCUCAUGUUGUGUCAGCCAGCACCAAGCAGAUCCCAGUUUUGGGGAGCAGGGUGUUUGCUUCACUGCUGUGUCUGAAGACUCCUGAAUAAAAUUCACAGUCUGUUCCUC